AUAAUGACUGACUUGUACUACCUCAGUCAAACAGAUGGAGCAGGAGAUUGGCGAGAAAAAGAGGCCAAAGAUCUAACAGAAUUGGUACAAAGGAGAAUAACUUAUCUACAGAACCCGAAGGAUUGCAGCAAAGCUAAGAAACUUGUGUGUAAUAUCAACAAAGGCUGUGGCUAUGGUUGUCAACUUCAUCAUGUAGUCUACUGCUUCAUGAUCGCUUAUGGCACUCAGCGAACACUCAUUUUAGAGUCUCAGAAUUGGCGCUAUGCUACCGGUGGCUGGGAGACUGUAUUUAGGCCUGUAAGCGAGACAUGUACCGACAGAACUGGUACUAGUACUGGACACUGGUCAGGUGAGGCUAAUGAUAAGGAUGUUCAGGUGGUGGAACUUCCCAUUGUUGACAGCUUACACCCACGGCCUCCGUAUUUACCGCUGGCUAUCCCCGAAGACCUGGCUGAUAGGCUGAUUCGCGUACACGGGGAUCCUGCAGUGUGGUGGGUCUCGCAGUUUGUCAAAUACUUGAUUCGUCCACAGCCUUGGUUAGAAAAAGAAAUAGAGGAAGCUACAAGGAAACUUGGUUUCAAACAUCCAGUGAUCGGUGUUCACGUCCGAAGAACAGACAAAGUAGGAACAGAGGCAGCAUUUCAUCCUAUUGAAGAAUAUAUGGUACACGUUGAAGAGCGAUUUGAACUUCUUUCUCGCAGAAUGCAUGUUGACAAAAAAAGAGUCUAUUUGGCUACAGAUGACCCUUCGUUGUUGCAAGAGGCAAAAUCCAAGUAUCCAAAUUAUGAAUUUAUCAGUGAUAAUUCCAUAUCCUGGUCAGCAGGACUUCAUAACCGAUACACUGAGAACUCCCUAAGAGGUGUCAUUCUGGAUAUUCACUUUUUGUCUCAAGCAGACUUCUUGGUCUGUACAUUUUCAUCCCAGGUUUGUCGAGUUGCCUAUGAAAUUAUGCAGACAUUGCAUCCAGAUGCUUCAGCAUAUUUCCAUUCUUUGGAUGAUAUCUACUACUUUGGAGGACAGAAUGCCCACAACCAGAUUGCUAUUUAUGCUCAUCAUCCACGAACUGCUGAUGAAAUUCCUAUGGAACCUGGAGAUAUAAUUGGAGUAGCUGGAAACCACUGGGAUGGUUAUUCAAAAGGCAUCAAUAGGAAAUUAGGAAGAACAGGCCUCUACCCAUCCUAUAAAGUUAAGGAGAAAAUUGAGACAAUCAAGUAUCCUACAUACCCAGAGGCUGACAAGUAGAUUAAAAGGAAGACAUUCAGCAGUAAUUCUCAAUUUUGAUUGGCUCAAACCAGUCAACACAUUAACUAAUGGUUUAUAUGGGAUUUGAAUUUGCAUUUUAACAUGCAGUUAAAAUCAAAGCCUUUAGCAAUGAAACUGGAUAAGAAGCUGAGAACGAAUGGAUGGGCUAUUAUCUGAACUUACUCUGAAACAUUUUUUGUUAUUUGCGCGCUCACACAUGCACACACAAACCCACAUACAACAGGAAAGCUGUUGUUUUAUACUUUCUGUCUCUUUUCAGGAUUUGUCCCAGUCAUUAGUCUUAUGUGAGCUUUGGCUCUUUUCUCUGCCAUUAAUUGACAGUAAUGUUCAGACUUAAAACACUGCCACAUUGUGUAAUUUGAGUGACAUGAACAUAUUUUGUAUGUGCAAAAUUUAAAACAUGGUGCCUAUAUUUGAAAAAUUUGUGACCUUUUUAGAAGAGCCAUGCCUGUUUCACAAUGGGCAAGAGUCAAUCUUCAACUGGUGUUACCGUGACCACUGAACUUGCUUCAAACUACAGAUUCAGAUUUCAGACUAGAUUUCUUUACAAGUUUAUUUUUAGCAUUCCAUCGGUUACUUUUCAUCAUUAAUAAAAUAAAAGAUACAUCCAACAAA